CCAACUUCAAAAUCAGUUAGUAAAAAGCUUAUUGCUCGACAAUGAGCGUACAUCUAACAGAAGGCAGAAGAAUCAUUCAAUACACAGGAUUUGAUGAUAUUGAUGAGGAAGAUGUUGAGCCAAACGAAGAAGCUGAAGGUCCAGGAGGUGUUCACAAAAAGAGACGUGGAGCGCGAAAGAAGAAUCGGCGGCAAAGAAUGGAAGGCCUAGAAAACGUGGAUCAGACUGUUGACUUGCAGUUGGUCACAGUUCCAAAGGUUGUACCAUUCAGAGCUUCUAGACUUUUGCAGGAAAUUUACGAUCGUGAGAGGGUUCACGGGAUGCGUAGAGAUGAAGCCCGUCAGCUGCUCGAGGAUAAGCUCCUGUUUCUAGAGGAAAAAUCGCUCGAGAAUUUGCAUCUUCGUAGAUUUUGUCUUGUUGUUCCAUCUGAUGAGCAUUUUCAACUGGAUGAUGGCUCUAAAAUUCCUUCGGAAAUUGUGUCAAUUUCUAUGGAAAAUGGGAAAAUUAGCUCGAUUUUGCGGGUUUUUCCGUCGAAAACUAGAAGCUUUGAAAUGGAGAGUGUAGAGAACUUUCAAAGUCACCGAAUGCGUCGUGUGUACUGGAAUCCAUCAAUUCCAAAAGAUUCGAAUUCAAUGUUCCGCACGUGGAAUCAUUUUCUCGAUGGAUGCCUUCUUUCUCUACUCCUUGUGCCACUCAACAAGCUUACUCAAGUUCUAGAAUUUUUGCGUAAAAUCAACGAAAUGCGAACUGUGAUCAACAAUCGUAUAACCGUAUCAAUUUGUUUGAGUCGUGUGAUUUGUGUUGAAGACUAUUUGAGUGCUGUACAGAAAGUGAUGAAUACCCGAACUGUUCAACUUGAUCAUAUCCCUUCCAUGGAUCUUCCAUCUCUUCACUUUGCUCUUGAUUUUAGCCGUUAUCAUAUUCAAUCUAUGAAUACAAUUUUCACAGGAUCAACGGAAAUGGAUAAAUUAUCAGAUGAGAAUUCUAGUCACGAAUUAGUUGAAUUUUCGAGCUGGUCAUGUCACAGGGAAGCUCAUAUCAAUAUGGAACCAGAAAAAUAUCAUCGAAUUCUCCAUUGGUUGUGGGAUCUGAGUCCAGUGAAUCCAGUAGAUGAGGCAGAGUGA